GACCCGAAUGCAAAACUUAUUCCCCCAACUGGCACCACCUUCACCCUACGCCAGCUGCGACGACUCAGUGGAGCUGACAGCCGAAUGCCUCGCGAAGGACGUCAUAAGAUACCUCUUAAAAGAAGACAUGUAUUUAAUAUCGAGGGACCCAAUAUCGCGCAGCAUGCGUCACAACGUGUACCAGAUGCUGAAUAAACACAGCAUCCUGUUCACGAGCAUGGUCAAUCGGCUCAAUGUCGUACCUGAUACUGCGUACGAAGCGUUCACCGGCGUUGCCGACGAGCUCUUCCUCCACGGGGGCAUAACGUGGGCCAGAAUAGUGUGCCUGUACGCAUUCAUGGGACGACUUGCGCUAUGGGCGAAGGACGGGAGGAUGCAUGAAUUGAGGAAGAAAUUACCAUUAUACGUGUCGAGGUAUAUCGGGGAAGAAAUCGCGCAUUUUAUCAAGGGAUACGGAGGCUGGGAACAAUUGUGCAUAGAAUAUCCCAUAGCCGAGGAGGUUUCUGGUGCUAUAUGGAGAAGUCUCCUAAUGACUGGCGCAACGUUAAGUCUCGUUGCAACAAUAUUAGCUGUGACCUCUUGAGGAAAUUUGUAAGAAAAAUUUUCUACCUAUCCCAACAAUUUUUCAAACGAAGAAAUCACGUACUUAUUAAUCCUGUGAUCGUACUACACUUGAAAAAUAACAACAAUGUAUAAAAAUCACGUGCAGGAAGAAAAUUCUCCCCUCCAUUGGUACUCGAAAACUCUCGAAGAAUUUUUUCACAAGAUUAGAGUAUUCUCUUCAUCUACACAAGAAAUGAAGAGAAGAAUUAAAAAUACGAAAAAUAUUUUCGUCCAAAUGAGUACAAUUAAACAAAGUUUAUGUAUCCAUUUACCUAAUACUCAAAGAAACAAUGAUAAAUUUUUAUAUCCACGCCAAAUGAUAAUUUCAAAAUUUCCCAAUGAAUUUAGGUAGCAUCUCAAAUUGUUUGUAUUUAUUUUAUAAUUUAUUCUAGGUAGAAAGCUAUGAAUUAAUUAUUUUUUUAUAUUCAACAAUACGCUUCACUCCGAGCAUAGCAACAAAUUUGAUUGAAAUAAAUUAACAAAUUCGAUCACUACGACGUGUUUACAAUAAUUCUAAACUAGAAACUUAUACAUGAUUUUUCAAAUAAACUAAAAAAAAACGUAAAAGUUGUGUAACGAAUGUGUGAAGAAAAUAAAACUCGGGAAAAUUAGUACGAAA